CUUCAAGACCGAGACCUGUCCAAUUCUCUCCACCGACGCAUUCGAAUCCCAUCGCUUAGCAAGCUAAUUACCCGCGAUACUUCAUAAUGGCCACCUCGCUUCGCUCCAUCAAGUCGCUCGUCCCGCUCCUUGACCGCGUGCUCGUGCAGCGCAUCAAGGCCGAGGCGAAGACGGCAAGCGGCAUCUACCUCCCCGAAUCGAGCGUCAAGGAGCUCAACGAGGCCAAGGUCCUCGCUGUUGGCCCCGGCGCCCUUGACAAGGAUGGCAAGCGCGUUCCCAUGGGUGUCGCUGCCGGCGACAGGGUGUUGAUUCCUCAGUACGGUGGUUCGCCUGUCAAGGUUGGAGACGAGGAAUACCACCUUUUCCGGGACAGCGAGAUCCUGGCCAAGAUCACCGAGUAAUCCGGAAAGAACCCGAAAAUAGAUACCCACGAAGCGACGAACGUGUACUAUAUAAUGUAUCAGAUAUAGCAAACCUGUACGACAUACCGAUUGGCGAAUGGUGAACAGCCGAGUCUGAGCGGCGUAAUGCUGGUGAUCUUGGUGGCUUCUCGGCUAUUGGAUGGUUCAGAUGCAUGCCCAGCCUGGGUCAGGGACCGAAGGAAUAGAUUCCUCUCCACUCCUGACUUCUCUCGUUUGACUUGAACCUGUUGGUAGGAAGAUGCGUUGCAAGGGUUGAGAGGAACCAGACAAUGUCUGUAACUGGCACCGAUAUUAAACCGUUACAGUCCUCUUGGAACACGCGUGCGCAGAAGGUUGGGUGGUGGAUUGGUCAACAUCGUUCGGGAAGGGGCCAUUGCUGAUUGCUCUGACACUUGCGUCGCG